GCAGUUGGAAACGCUGCAGCAGACCACAGACUUCUCGCCACAACACCACACAACACACACUCACACACGCAUGCACACACAUACAACUAGAGGAUGAGAGAGGCAGAGGUGUAACCAGGAGAAGCACCGUCAAGACAAAGGAAAGCCACUCUUUUGUCUCCAUGGACACUCAACUUCCUCCAAGCAGUUCUUAGUCCGUGUAGCGCAGUAGUGGGAUCUUGCCAUCCACUUAAUAAUUCAUCAGGUCGGUCUCUGAGCUUUGAGCCUGCAGCGCUCACCAACUUUACCUUCUCUAACUUUUGCACAGCAGCAGACGGCUGUUUCAGCAAUUCUCCUUUUAUAUUUGAAACUGUUGGCACAGAGGCAGAGGAAAACAGGUUUAAGGGCUUUGUGUGCAUCUUAUGUGUGUUUGUGAGUGUGUGUAUGAGGAGAGUGGGUGAAAGGUGUGUGUGUGUUGUCUGGACUGAGGGCAUCCUGCUCAUCUCAUUCUUGGACUUGGGACCCAUUGUUAAAACCGCAGCUCUUGUGGGACUGAACGAGCAAGAGGCUGUGUGAGAAGCACUCUGGAGGCCACGGAGAGGCUCGUAUGGAACGUACAUCGCGUCUUUGAGUACCGCUGGUGAAAGCAGUGUUUAGGCUGUUGAAGGGGCAGACUGUGCACCCUUGGAUUCUCAGUCAUCAUGGCUGGCUGUUCCAGCCGCUGCAGACAGGGUGUGCUAAAGCUCAUUCAGUCCCUUCAGAGGCUUGUCUCGGGAACUCUCAGCAAAGAUAAUAUAGAUGAUGAAUUAGAGAUGACAAUGGUCUCCCAUCGGCCGGAGGGUCUUGAGCAGCUUGAGGCGCAGACAAACUUCACCAAACAAGAGCUACAAGUUCUUUACAGAGGCUUCAAAAAUGAGUGUCCAAGUGGAGUGGUGAAUGAGGAGACAUUUAAACACAUUUAUGCACAGUUUUUUCCACAUGGAGAUGCCAGCACAUAUGCACAUUAUCUCUUCAAUGCGUUUGACACCAGAAAUAAUGGAUCCAUAAAGUUUGAGGACUUUGUGAUGGGACUAUCUACACUACUGCGGGGGACGGUCAGAGAGAAACUAGAAUGGACGUUUCAUCUCUAUGACAUUAACAAAGAUGGACUUAUCAAUAAGGAGGAAAUGACAGAGAUAGUGAGGGCCAUCUAUGACAUGAUGGGGAAGUACACGUAUCCGGCUCUAAAAGGGGAUGUACCAAAACAGCAUGUGGAUGCCUUCUUUGAGAAAAUGGACAAAAACAAAGAUGGAGUUGUAACAUUAGAAGAGUUCGUCCUUGCCUGUCAGGAGGAUGAAAACAUGAUGAGAUCCAUACAGCUCUUUGAAAAUGUGAUGUAGAGAAGAAGAAAAGAACACGCAAGAAUGCAAGAGGGAUUUUACGUUUAAAUAUAUAUUUGCUAUAUUUCACUGAACUGAGUUCUGGGGGAAUGAUGGCCAGAGAGGGAUGAGAGUCUGCUUUGUUUUUCUCUCUCUGUUCAGUUUUUGUAACAUAUUCCAUGUUUUUUCUUGCUGGCGUUGUGGGAAAUUGCCAUCACAGAAUCCACUUUAAUCCAGCCAUGGAAUAAUAUGUUUGAAAGGCAUUUCCUUAGUGGGUGGUGAUGGUCAACGUCCGUCUUCCCUAUACGAAAAAGAAAGCCACUCAAGCUUUUUUCAUUUGCUUGACCCUAGAUCUCAGGACUCUACAUUUGUUGUACUGGAACUGCAUUCAGGAGGAAAUACAACCUUGCGUUCUUUGCCAAAAGAGCUUGCAUGAGAAAAGCCAGCAGAUUUGUUCCCCAUGAGUUGCUUGAAAAUAAUGCUGGCCUUCAAAAAAAUAAAAUAAUAAUAAUAAUUUUAUGAUGUAUUUAUCUAUGACAUUGGGUUUAAAGGAUACUUAAUUGAAUGUUGAUUGUCUUGUGUUGUAACCGUUGUUUAUUAGCAAUUGCUGUUUCCAGUCCAACCGCUUAAUGUACAUUUCAGUACUUUCCAAGCCAUUUUUGCCCACCAGAUCUGAAUGAAUAAGGUGGGACAGAAAGUAAAAGUCUGUGUGUCUAAGUAUGGAAGUAAGUCAGGAAUAUUUAGGAAACUACUAAAUAACAACUGUAUUCAAACCCAACAAAUGACAAUCUAGUCCCUGGAUACCCUUCUGUCCCCAGAUACCUCUGCAUACUUUCAAGAAGGACAAAUAGAAGAAAGGAAAAGGAAAAAUAAUUAUGUAUGGGUCAGUGUCAGUCGGAAGACAUAUAAGCUAUUUAUAUACUUGCAAGUAUGGUGCCACAUGAAGAAAUGUCCGAUGAGGCAGAUAUAAACUGUGAAAACAAAGUAUUAGAAAUAUGCUGUGCAAUUCAUAUCUCAGUCAAAACCGAUUAAAAACAUUUGUGGAAUAACA